UUAAUUUAGUUUCUAUUAUCAAGUACUAAUAUAAAAAAAAAUAUAAACAUAAGUGUAAGAACUUCCAUCUAUGAAGUAUUCUUAGUAGUGAACAGGUAAUCUAAGUGACAAUUUCAAGUAACAAAGCGUGCUCAUAGAGAUAAAAUGUUAAAAUUCUGGUUGUUUCUUCUGUUAAUUAAUAGACUUAGUACAGAACAUCAUGCAUAUAAGCAAAAAACUUAUGAACUGAAUGUUGCAUUUAAACGUACAUCUGAUCUUUUUAAUAAAUUAAAAUUGGAAUAUGGAUUUGAAAAUCUAAACAAAAAUGUGAUGGAUGAAAUUAAUGAAACAGUUGUAGGAUAUGUUAGAAAUACAUCAAACACAUUUUUUCGCCAUAAACGGGAAUUAUUGAAAAAUUUUAACAAAGGCAUCGAUACAUUGAAGGAAUUUCAAGAUUUUAUUCCAUUAAAUUUUCAUAACGCACGAGACGUGAACAUCUUUUCUCUUCGAAAUGGAUUAGAAUUAACUUGGUUUGCUGCGGUUUUAGAUGCUUCUAAAGUAUCUUUAUUUAAAAUAAAUAAAGCUGGUCUUAAUUAUGUUACCGCUUAUUCCGUAACAAAUGGAACACAAUUAGUUGUUAAUGAUUGCAAUGACGGAAUACUUUUGAUAGUUCAAAAUCAAUAUAAUUUUAUUAAUAUUUUGCGCUUCGCUAAAGUCACCGAUAAGUAUUUACAGCCCAUUCAAGAGUUCGAAUGGAACGAUAGGACUCAUUUAACUAUUUGGAAAGGAAUGAAUAAAUUAUAUUUGGGCAUAGCAUCAGAUUCGAAUAUUUCAAUUUAUAGUUGGUUCGGCGAUUACUUUGAUUUAAUACAAAUUAUAAAUCUUGGAACGAAGAAAUUAGUUCCCUUUCAAAGUAAAGGAUUUAUGUAUUUAGCAGCUACUGGCUCCACCACCACAGUUUUUAAAUACUUUUUAAAAUCUAAUAAAUUUCUGGCUAUGCAACAAUUAUCAUCGAGUCAAGAUAUCUCAUUUUUUCAAGUAAAGGAAGGCCAUUUUACAGAAAAUUUUCUAAGCUUAUCCACGUGGUCGUCCGUUAUAAUAUAUAAAAGUACUCAUGGUCGAUUUGUACCAUUUCAACAGAUUAGUUCUGGCACGUUUACAGCACAAAUUAUUUCAAACAAAGCAAUUUUAUUCUUUGCUUUACACAAGGACACUGUAUCGACUUAUCAGUACAAUGGCUGGAGAUUUAUAAAAUUAGCUGUGAAAUUGAAUGGAAUUCAUCGAUUUCAUAAAGCUAAUUUAUAUGGGAAACAGUUGUUGCUCGUAAAAUAUAACAACGAUACAUGGGCAUUGAAACAACCAAUAUGGACCAAAAAGAAAACUUAUAAAGAUAUACAAGAAGAAAUCAGAGCAUGGAACAUUAAAGCUAAGGAUACAGCUCAAAGAAAAUUGAACGAAAUUUUCAAUCUCGAUAAACCUGUUCGAAUUUUAAAAGGCCAUAUUGAUCAACUUUUUGUUCAUAACAUAAAUCAGCAUAAUUCUCAAGCAUUACAGAUUGCAUCAGAACAGUAUAAUAAAAUGAAAAAUAAGCUCCUAGAGCAAAAUAUAGUUAUAAAUAAUAAAUGGAAGUCUGGUAAUUUAACUGUUUCUUCAUUGCGUGCAAAUAAGUUUCAAAUGAAAUGUAAAACGAAGUGUAAGAUCAACAAAGUAAAUAUUAAUGGAAAGAUUGAUCUGUUAUCAAAGCUACAAGCAUUGCAAGAUAGAAAUAAAGCGACAAGCUUCAAAACAUUAGCUGUUAAAGAAAUCAAAAAUUGGAAGUGUCCAAUUUUUAAUUUACCAAUAGAUAAUAUUGACGUUGACAAGUCAAUCAACGGGGUAUUAUUAGAAAAUUUACAGAAAAAUACCCUAAAAGUAAGCGGUAGUCAAAAAGUCUUCGGUAAGUUGUUUCAAAUUUUGGUUGCAAACCAAUUACUCAUUAAAUAUAAAAAAAAUAUUUCAGGACGACACACUUUCGUUAGUAUCAAUGUCACAAAUACUCUUAUGCCGUUGAAUAUUGCUUUAAAUCUUCCAAAGCAAGAAAUUCGAGUAGGAAAAAUAAAUGUUACAGAGUUAACUGUAACAGAAGGAGGAGUUUUAUUACCAUUAAAUGGCUUACCUACAGUAAUCACUGGCUUAGUCAAAGCGUCUAAUAUAACAGUGAAAAAUAAGAUUGAUUUACAAGGGUCGGCAAAAAGCAAUUGGAUGAAGAAGUUAUCACCCAUCAGAUACAUCCCUGAAUCAAUAACUUUGGACUAUGAUCUCAAAUUGGAAAAUGUUAAAAUUGAAAAUUUACAAUCUGCAGGUUUAAUUGUUAGUAAGGUGGGAUCAGUUAAGGAAAUUUUAUCAAAUGCAAUAUCUUUACGUGAUAAUGUACCAAUAUCCUUAGUAUUUUCAAGUGAAAAAGUGAAGUGGCAUAAUGUUGCCGUGCAUGGCUUUCAAAAUUGGAUUACGGCGAAUUCUGAAAAUAUUAUAACAGGAAAGAAAUACUUUCUACAGAAUGUAGAGAUAACAGAGUCUUCUUACGAAAGCAUCAGAUUUCCAUGGAUCGAAACAGCCUUGUGUGGUGCUACUGUAAUUGUGCCUGAAAUCAAAGUUCCGGUGCUAACACUAAAUAAUAUUACGGUGAAAAGUUUAACAAGUUUGCACGUUUUUGGAAAUAUGUGUGUAAAAUGUGCUACUAAUAAUUCAUCGCUCGCUUUUAAACCCUUCGAUUCUUCCGCGCAACCUUAUUACCAUAAUGUUAAAGCAAAAAAUAUAAUUACAACAAACGUGAAUAACAUAAAUUUAAUAACAUUAGAAAAAUUAGCAAAUUCGUGGAUUGAGCCUAACAUUCUUAAAACUCCGGUUGAAGCGACGGAAUUGAAGAUUAAGGUUUUGCAAUCACCCAUGCAAUUUUACGCAGAAUUGUCUAAAGUAAUAAGAAACGUGGUAUCGAAACAAAAUACUUAUACAGACAGCAUCAAUAAGAUUAAUUUGACUGAUUUCUUAGCGAAUGCUAUAAAGGUUGGAGAUAUAAUAUCUUUAAUGAACAUAAAAUUCAAUAAUGGUUUUACGGCAAAUCGUAUAUAUACUCCUUAUCCCUUGUUACCGAUGGUGCAAACAGGAAGUCAUCUUAGGUGCUAUAAAAAUAGAAUUUCUGGAAUUACAGAAGUUAAUACGAUAAAUUUACCAUAUUACUCUAGACUCGUGCAAAGCAAUACCUCCGUGAACAUAAUUGUUAAAGGAUCUGCAAUAUUUUCAGUUGAGCCAAUGAUACACAGUAUAAAUAAAAAUAAAUUAAACGAAUUGUUUACGCAAACAUGGAUAAUAUCAAAUCCUACAACCUUUUAUGGAAAAAAUUUGCAUCUUACGAAUGCUUUAAUAACAGGAAAUAUUACUUUAAAAAAACCUGCGAAUACAUUAUGCAUCGAAAUGUGGAAGAACAUUUCGGAACAUGUUCUAAGCAAAAGAGGAAUACAAAAAAUAUCGGUUGAUGCUUUUUUAAAUAAUGUCGAGACUAAUACCAUCGUAGGAUCGAAUACUUCGAGGAUAAUAUCCUCGGUGUCAGAUUUCAAUGAUAUAUUCGAUGAUCCUGUAAUGAAAGAUAGAGUACAAGACGUGAAAGCAAAAUGGACAUUUAAUAAAUUAAAAAUACUAGGUCAAAUGGAUGUAAGGAACAAAAUUAAUAACAUGAAUCUUAAAACGGAUGUUAUGAGACACGAUUCUAAGAACAAUAUCGUAACUGGUAAAAAGACGGUGAUGAUUUUGACUACAAAAAAUUUGAAUGGUUUAAAUUUUGCUAAAUGGAUUGACAAUACUUUGACGCAGAAAGAGAAGCAUAUUACUAUCAAGGGGCAAAAAAGUUUUCUAACUGCCAUGUUCAAUAAUAUAACCUUAUCUGGUACUGUACUAGGACAUACUAUCGACGAAGCAUUACUAAAAUCCGCCAAUCAAACAGUGUAUGGUCAGAAGAAAAUUCAUGGAUCUAUUUAUGCGUCGACAAUUUUUAUCGAUGGUCUGGUGAAUGAUAUAAAUCUAAACACCUUAAUAGACAAUCAAUUAAAGAAACAAAGUUCAUCGCAAAAUGUAGAAACGGAAAUUGAGUUGCAAGAAAAUUUAUUUAUAAUGGGAAAUCUCAUUGUUAACGAUACUUAUGCAGGAGCAAACAUGAAGAAUUUUGAACAAAAUUAUGCAAAUAUGCCAUUUAUUACCGAGAAAAUGGACAAAUACUUAACAGCAGCGGAAACAAUUAAUUUGGUGUUGAAAAAUCGUGCAGUUUACAUAAAUAAAUUGGGAAUUGUAAAAAAUAUUAACAAUAUUUCCCGUAAAAGCAUGUUCAUUGAAAACGAACAAUGUAAAAUGAAAAAUUUCACUAAGUAUUGCGUAAACGAGUAUAUAGAAGAUAUCAUCGUUAGAUCAAAUACUAGUAACGUUAUCUUUAUAAAGUCAGUGUUAUUGAACGAAGAUGAAUUCGUUGUCUGGGUAGAAUUUGAUCUUGUUUCCAUAUUUCUAUUCGACGCUGUAAACAAAAGUCUUGUUUACGUAAAAGGCUUACACGUUCCAAAAAUAAUAGAAGCGCUCGUAGAAUCAAUGUUGAAUUCUUUGUGGAUUGUUAUACGAUUGAUUUCGCAGACUUUGGUAUUACAUUAUCAGCCGUGGAAAGAUUUGCAAAAAUAUGUUUUGCCUGCCACGGAUGUAUUCGCGUUAAGCCGAACUCCGAAUAAUCAGUUGUUAUUAUUCUUGUCGAACGGUAUUUGGGAUCUCAAUAGACUUGCAAGUCCUCGAAAUAUUAUCGAAAUUCCUUUGAAAGGACAAGUGGAAACCAUCGUUGAUGGCUUUAAUUAUUUUAUCAAAUAUACGUCGAUUAAUGAGACGACUUUAACGAAAGCUCGAUACGUAGAAAAUUGAAUAUGUACAUGAUUAAUUUCGUUCUGUUACACGAUAAGCAUUAUUAAUACCUAAGGAAUGUAAUGUAAAAUUGCAAAAAAAUAUAUAUAUAUAAAAUUAUUUAAAACG